AUGUGUGGAAUUCUUUUUCAAUUCGUGCGACAGCAUUUUGCUAUUGACAAUGACAAUUACUUUAAAUCAAUAUUAAUUGAACAAAAUAAGAAACGCGGGCCAGAUGCUCAAAAUUAUUAUCGUGAAAUUCUUACGUCAAGCAAUGAUAAUGCUGUUAAAGAAAGUGAGAGGAAUGAUUAUCUAGAAUUUUAUGGUGCAACUUUACAUUUACGUGGUCAAAAUCUGGUGCAUCAGCCAGUGCGAGAUAAUGAUCGUGUUUUAUUGUGGAAUGGUGAAAUAUUUGAUGGAAUUGAGGUAUCGAAAAAUGAAAAUGAUACCGAAAAACUUUUUGAGGCAUUAAAAGUUUAUGAUCAAGCUGUUACCAACGUUAAUGAUAUGAAAAACAAUAGUGAAAGUGAUGGACUAAAUUCUAUUCUCCAGACAUUUGCAAAAAUCGAAGGUCCAUUUUCUUUUGUAUAUUGGGAGGGUUCAAGACGUAAACUAUGGUUUGGUCGUGAUUGCCUUGGGAGAAGAUCUUUGUUAUGGCAUUUACCUACUUCGGAAUCAGAUAGAUUUAUAUUGACAUCAGUUGGUGUUAAUAAUAAAAGAAAGAAAAUCGAUGAUCCUAUUUUGAAUUUUGAAGAAGUGCCAGCAACCGGAUUUUUUUGCUUGAAUCUUGACGAUGUUUAUUCUUCAGGCUUUGAAAAAACAGACUUUUUUAGUUAUCAAGCAGAAUCAUUUGAAAAAUUGUUUAUUCAUUAUCCGUGGUCUCAUGAGAAUGAUGCAACAUUACCUUUUAGAAGGAUAAACAAGACCCUUCCGAAUCUUAGUAAUGGUGAACUUUCGAUCUUGCCAUCGUCCAUCGAACCCUCCUUUGUGCCAGAAAUCUCCACUCAAAUGCGUGAAGCCAUCAGUCGAAUGAUUUCAGAACUCGGUGAUUCUGUGAGGAAGCGAAUAGAAUCUAUACCAUUAUCCGGCACAUCGCCAAAAACGGCGAGACUAGGCAUUCUGUUCUCAGGUGGUCUAGACUGUAUUUGCCUUGCUGCCCUAGCCGACAAAUAUCUACCACUAGAAGAACCAAUCGAUCUAUUGAAUGUGAGUUUUGAAAACCCGCGAAAAGUAUCAUCAGAUAAUAAAAAAAAGCAAAAGAAUUUGAUUGAUGCGAGUGCGGGAGGUGAACGAUCGAAUUCGAUUUAUGAUGUGCCUGAUCGAUUGACCGGUCGAGAAGGUUAUCAAGAAUUAAAAAAGAUUUCGCCAAAUCGUCCUUGGAGACUAGUCGAGAUAAAUGUUCCUUAUGCAGAAGCUAUAUCACACCGAAACACAAUAUUAGAAUUGAUGGCACCAUUGGACACGAUAAUGGAUUUUAGUAUUGCCAUGGCAUUUUGGUUUGCCGCUCGUGGUAAAGGAGAAAUUGAAUCUUUGGAUUCACCAGGGCUAAUGCAUGAAUAUGAAAGCAAAGCAAAAGUUUUACUUGUUGGUGUGGGAGCAGAUGAAUUGCUUGCCGGAUAUUCGCGACAUCGUGAAGCGUUUCGACGUGCGGGAUGGGAAGGGUUGAUAAAUGAGGUUCAAUUGGACGUGGAUCGAAUAUCAACGAGAAAUUUAGGACGAGAUGAUCGAAUUAUUUCCUCCCACGGAAAAGAAUCACGAUACCCAUAUCUCUCUGAGAAUGUAGUACGAUUCCUUUGUUUUCUUCCAAUGCAUCUAAAAGCAGAUAUGCGGUUUCCACGUGGAAUAGGCGAAAAACUAUUAUUACGUCAUGUUGCGCGAGAACUGGGAUUAGUAAAUGCUAGUGUAUUGUGGAAACGUGCAAUACAAUUUGGUGCGAAAACUGCAAAAAUGACAAAUGAGGAGAGUAAAAGUAAGGGACAUAUGAAAGCAGCUGAUUUUGAGGGAGAAUAA